AGCCUCGGCGGCUGCCUGCUCCGAUGGGAGCCCGAAAGGGGGAAACCCGUGGUCAGGGGCAGGGCGAGCGUUAGCGGGGCUCUUUCCCAUUCUGCGUUCGGGAUCUGCGGGGAGGGGGAAGGCAGGCUUCUUCUCCCGGGGGCUUCAGAGCUCCGGAUCGAGGACCAUGGAGCCGGUCACCAAGUGGAGCCCUAAGCAAGUAGUGGAGUGGACCAAGGGGUUGGAUGAUUGCCUGCAGCAGUAUGUCCCGAAAUUUGAACGAGAGAAGAUAAAUGGUGCCCAGCUGUUACAGAUUUCCCACCAGGAUCUUGAAGAGUUGGGUCUCACCCGAAUUGGACAUCAAGAGCUUGUCUUAGAGGCCGUGGAUCUCCUCUGUGCACUGAACUAUGGCCUCGAAACGGACAACAUGAAGAACUUGGUUCUAAAGUUACGAGCGUCUUCCAACAAUCUGCAAAACUACAUCGGCAGCCGGAGGAAAAGUUCAAAUUAUGAUGGAAAUACCUCACGCAAACCUCCUAAUGAAUUCCUUACCUCAGUGGUAGAGCUCAUUGGCGCUGCUAAGGCCUUACUGACAUGGCUGGACAGGACUCCCUUUACUGGGAUCGCUGACUUUUCCAUGACAAAGAACAAAAUCAUUCAGCUGUGCUUGGAUCUCACUACCACCGUACAGAAGGACUGUCCUGUAGCUGAAAUGGAAGAUAAAGUUCUCAGUGUGUCCAAGGUUUUGAAUGGAAUUUGUGAUAAGACAAUCCGGUCCUCAACCGAUCCAUUGAUGAGCCAGGGUGCGUGUCUUGAGGAGGUUCAUUUAAACAACAUCAAACCUGGGGAAGGCCUGGGAAUGUAUAUAAAGUCUACUUACGAUGGAUUGCACGUUGUUACUGGAACAACAGAAAAUUCUCCUGCUGAUCAAUCUCAGAAAAUACAUGCUGGUGAUGAAGUGAUCCAGGUGAAUCGCCAGACGGUGGUGGGGUGGCAGUUGAAGAAUCUUGUGAAGAAGCUCCGUGAAAAUCCUUCUGGAGUUACUCUGUUAGUGAAGAAACGGCAUACAGGAUCUUUUAAUUUUACUCCUGCCCCACUUAAAAACUUAAGGUGGAAGCCACCGCUCGUUCAGGCCAGCCCACCUCCCACUACAACCCAGUCACCGGAAAGCACAAUGGAGACAUCACUGAAGAAAGAGAAACCUGCCAUUCUGGACCUUUACAUACCUCCACCGCCAGCUAUUCCAUAUGCCCCUCGGGAUGAGAAGGGGAGCUUUGUUUAUGGAGGAGGCAAUAAACAUAAGCACCCCUUACCUGGAUCCAAAGGUGCAGAAUCUCCUAAUUCUUUCCUGGACCAGGAAUGCAGGAGGCGAAGGUUUACUCUCACCGAUUCGGAUCCAUUGCCCGGCUAUCCCAUGGAAGCAAAUAUUCUACCAGCAAGGAUGAGGGAAAAGACUCAGUCCUAUGGAAAGCCUCGUCCCUUGUCUAUGCCUGCAGAUGGAAACUGGCUGGGAGCUGUAGAACCUUUCUCUAAGCCACGGGCAAUGGGGAGAAAAGGUGAAAAUGUCCUCUGCCGGUACUUCAGCAACGAGAGGAUCCCACCUAUUAUUGAAGAAAGUUCCCCGCUGCAGCAUCAGUUCUCUAGGCCUGGAGUGGAAAGGCAGUUGGUGAGGGGCGCAGACUACAUCAGGGGAAGCAGAUGUUUUGUCAACGUGGACCUUCACAACAGCGCGACCAUCCCGUUCCAGGAGGAUGGCGGCAAAAAGCCGCCCGUGGCCUCCUCCACGAAAUCCUCCACAGAACCCUCGCUGCUUGUCAGCUGGAUCACAAGGCUGAAGCUAUUGACUCACUGAGUUUACUGAGUGGACUGUGACUUGCUCUGGAUAAGUUACAAAGUGCCUUUUUCCUCUCUCUCCCCACCCCCAUCCAGGUCCCCCAGUCAAAUAGCUCUGCAUUACUACAGAGUUAUUUAGCGGUUAUGCUUUUUAUUUUAUUUUUCUCCCUUGGAGAAGCUGCCCUUUCCCCAAUGUUGCCAUUUCAGAUUCACUGGAGUCGGAGAGACGGCUUUGAUGAGGGUGGGUGUGGGAGAGAGAUUACAAGAUGUAGCUCCCACCCCCCCCGCUCUCUACCUGCUCAAGGGUGUCGGGGAAUUCAUUCCUCUGGAGAAAGCGACCAGGCGCGAGUGAUUCAGAGGUCACUGCUGACCUGAAAUCCGCAUGACCCAUGCAGAAGCAAUCGUUGCAUUGUAGCAAGGCCCGGUGGCGCUUCAUUUGCGACGAUGCUCUGAUGCCGUGCAAUCUACUGAAUGUGCAGACUGCGUAGCACUCAGCAAAAAAGAAAAAACAUCAGCUGCAAUCCUGACCAAGAAAGAAGAAAAACGGAGAUGUCAUGAGACAACGGUGUGACUGCAGACAGCUCAACUCUAAGGAUUAAAAGGCAGUUUCUUCCUUUCUUCUGCCUAGUCGCAAACGUGAGCCUGAUCUGGAUAAUACCCUAGUUAUUAAAAUCUUAGAACAGUUCAACUCUUCUUCCCUGAAUUGCUGCAGUGCUUGUCCAAUUCUGACACGGAUUGCUACAACAUGCCAAGGAAAUGCAUCUCUAGUGACGAUGGUAAAAACUGCUAUCUUACUGCUUUUUAGAAAAAAAUAUGAUUGAGACUGAAUAGCUGUUAACCAAAGUGUUCUAAAAACAAACCUUGUAGGCUUCUGGAGCACCCACAAAGGUUCAAGGUUGAACUGGUUUGAUAUUCUUCAUGCUUUAAAGACUGACUUGUGAUGGAAUCACACUUUUGUAAGGCAGUUUGCCCUCUUAAAAUAUUGGUGGAAAAACUUGUUUGCCGUCAUUACUUGAUAGCAUUGGGCCAGAAGUGGUGUGGUUUGUGGAAGGGACAACUUGCAAAAGUGUGAGGAUGCAAAGAAUAUGUUGUUUUAAAAACAAAUGUAGAAAAGAGUUUUGUUAGAGAGUCACAAAACACAUUCUGUUUAAAAUAAUUUAAAAGUUUUUGAUUGUGCUGUAUUUUUCUCUCUCUCUCUUAACCUUCUGCAGUUUUCACAUUAUUCUCCACAGCACUGUGCACUAAUUAGCCUGGGCAAACAUUUACUAGUUCUCCCCCACUCCCCGCCACCCCAGAUUAGUAGCUAAAUGUGUCAUUUAGAUGGUCUCAGAAUAGUUUAUGGGCUUUGAUGCACCAUCUACACUGAAGACAAGAAUUCAGCAGAUUUUGCAGGGCUAUCUAACAUUAUUAAUGUGACCUUAGCAAGGUGCAUUGAGCAGUUAGCAGCUGUAAGGAAGACCUCUGGAAAGGUCUAGUUCUGGAUAUGAUGUUUUCAUUACAUUUUUCAGUUUGGGAAGACAGAAUGCUUAAAUUAUGUAGUAAACUAACACAAGUUUACUAAGUUCGCUGGAUUUUCCAUUAAAUGAUUCCUAUGGUUUAUCACUUGGUUUGAUCCUGUCUUCACAGACAAGAGCAACCAAUGACAUAAUUCAAUUUAUCUUUCUUCCAAACCCAACUGACUAUUAGCACCAGCCCAGUAAACACAAAUCCUGGUGUAGCCAACCUAUGUUUUGGUAUAUAUUUUUCUAUUGUAUCCAAAAUGUUUAGUUUCAUUUUUCUAAAGGGGAGGGGGGAAACCAAGUGUAAUUGAUACGUCUGUACUGUUUUCUAUGAGAUGGAGAAUGUGAAAU